CCAAACAAAACUUGAAGAAUGAUCUAAAUGAUAAUUCAUAAUUUAGUUGAUGUGAGAUGGUGAAAAGCGAAACCCUAGCAAUAGGAAGAACGAAAAUGAAUAGGUGAUAGAAAUUAGAAAGCGGCGGAGUCCGGUUGAGAUAUUAUCAAUCAUACCUUGUUCUGCUAUGGAAUCUUUGUGUGCAAACUAUGCUUCUUCAGAUGAAGAGGAACAAGUAACGCUUCCUCCCCAAAAAUCAACUUCUUCUUUCCUAUCACUUCCCCCACCAAAAUCCCAUGAUCAACAACUGCGCCCACCUAAUGUUGGAAUUACCACAUCUUCUUCUUCUUCCCUUUUCUCUGUCCUUCCACCUCCAAAGACCACCAUGGAAGAUCCUCCACUCCUCCUCAAUUCCUCAGAUCCUAAACCCAAAAGGGUUGUUCAAUUUAAGCCUCCUGUCAACCCUUUUUCUCUCAAGUCUUAUAGUCUGGAUGAAGAUGAUGAAGAUGAAGAUGAAAAGGAAAAACAAAGAAAAAGGUCUCGGUCUUUUGCUCAAACAUCUUCAGUUAAAUCAUUUUUGUCCACAAUUCCUGCUCCAAAGAACUCUAACACUUUGGGUGUUUUGGGUUCCGGCUCCGGAAGAAGAUCCACCAUCCAAGCAGAUGUCCCUGUUCCUGAUCCGGUUAGUUCGAAUGAAGUUCUAGUUAAUUCCAAUACAGAGUACAGUGAGAGCCAGCAGAUUGCUGGGUCGUUUCAGAGUGUAAUGGGAGGUUUUGAUGGUCCCUCACAACAUAAUGCUGAUUGGAAUGCACAGGGUUAUGUAAACCAAGAAGUGUAUGCUAGAUAUGAUAAUGAUGGGGCUAGUGAACAUUCUCCUGCGGCUCCACCAAAUGUGAAUUAUGUUGAGUAUGACAGUAAUUAUGACGCUUACACUGGUUACGAACAGUAUGGUCAUAAUUGGACUGAUGGGUCUAGUGCAACAGAAGCAUCAACAAUUACUGAUACGGCUGAAGUUGUAUUUAGAUUGCCUGGGAAGAGAGGCAGGAGUGAUGCUCCACAGAAUAUUGUUGAGGUGAACCAGGAUGAGUUGAUGAAGAAUCGGCCAAGGGAAGACCAAAGCAGGCUCACUGGGAUUGCCUUUGGGCCAUCUUACCAGGGUCGGGCAACACCUCAGGUGACGCUUCUGCUUUCUUGUGGGACAUGGCUUUCCCCGCCUUUCAUUUUGAUUUCCUCUUUUGUAUGUGCUGCACUAGUUUCCUGAUUUUCUCUUGCUGCAUUGAUAUUAAAAUGUAAGUAUUUUUUCAUUUUUCCGCUUCUCUUCACUUAUUGAUUUGCAAUUUUUGAUAAUUGGUUAAUUGUAUUCUUCAACAUUAAUGUUCAAAACUGUUUUUGUUUUGAGUCGAGGGUCUAUCGGAGAACAACCUCUCUACCUCACCUCUGAGCUAGAGGUAACUGUACACUAUCUUCUCCAGACCCCACUCCGUGGGAGUACACUAAGUAUGUUCUUGUAUUCUUCAGCAUUAAGCAGAUGCUGGCCACCUUCAAAAAGGGAUUACAACCAUAACCAAAACAGACUUACAAACACCCUAUUAAAUCUGUAGUUUGAUCCGCAUCCUCUGUACUAAGUUGUUUACACCAAAAAUGUAAAGCUACUAAACAAUUCCAUUUUACUUUGUGAAUGGAAUUGGAGAUAUCUUCCAAACAUCUGCCAUUUCUUUCUUUCCACACAAACCAGCAUAUGUAUGAAUGUAGUAAUUUCCACCAUCUCUUCUGAGUUUUGGUACCCUUUUUUUAGUCCAACAGUUCAGUAGAUCAGAGGUGUGUUCCAGCGUAGUCCAACGAGUUGGUGAUGUUGAUGAACAACUCCCAGAGUUCAAUAGUGAACUUGUAGUGUAGGAUCAAGUGCUUAUUUGUUUCCCCUGUUGAAUUGCAAAGAAAGCACCUGGCAGUAGUUGCACUCCUUUUCUCUAGAGUAUUUAUUGAGUUAAGCAAGCUCUUCUCAUAACACCAAGUGAAGCAAUUCACUUUUGUUGGAGUCAGACCCUUCCAUAUGCUAUUCCAAAUGUAUAGAAAACACCACCACCACUCUCCUAUAUGCAUUAUUAUCAGUAAUAUUCCCAUCUUUAGUAUGUCUCCAGAUGGUCCUAUUUGGUGCAUCUGUUAUGAUGUGGUAGCCUCCUAGCAUCUCCAACAAUGAGGCCACACUUCCCACUUCCCAAUCAUUUAGUAAUCUCCUGAAGGAGAGGUCUCAAUCCUGUUUUGUCCAACAUUCACCUACUCGGGAAUCAGGAUUGUUGCAGAUUGAGAAAAGAUAUGGUUAAACCUCACAUAGAGGGAUCAAUCCAACCUUCUCUCCAAUAUUUAUUCUUGUUGUCAUUACCUACUUUGAGUAUCAGGUUUUCCUCCAUUGAAGUCCAUAGGGAUCUCUUUAUCAAAAAAAGUCCAUAGGGAUCUGAUUAUUCUCCAUACCCCUAGCCCAUAAGAUUUUCUAGACAAUCUCUGAGCACCAAAGAUUGAGCUCACCAUAUUUGGCCAUAAUAGCUUCCUUCCAUAGAGCUCUUUCCUCAUUAAUGUAUCUCCACAACAACUUCAUUAGUGAACUUCUGUUCUGUACUUUCAAAUUCUUGUACCCAGACCUCCUUUUUCUUUGCUGAGCAUCACUGUAUCCCGCUUCCCGGAAAAGCACCCUUUGUUUUCUUUGCCUCCUUUCCAUUGGAAAUUCUUGUUAAGUUUGUCAAAUGAUCCCAUCCCAUAACUCCAAAGCUUUGGGUUUGCUCCCUGGAGGCAUUCCCAAGUAGGUUGUAGGGAAUUCUUCUAUUCUGCACUCAAUGAUAAAUACUUGCCAAUCCCUGAAUCUAUGGCACAUCCUUGACAGGUAUUAAGCUACUUUUGCUAAACCUUAACCCAGCUACUGCUUCAAAGAGGACCAGUAUCAGUCUGAUGGAGGACACCAGUUCUGCUUCCGGUUAAAUAAGAUGAUGGUAUCAUCUGCACACAGCAGAUAACUAAUCUCUUUUGUACGUACUGAUCUGUCUCCCAUCUGAAAACCCCUUAUCCAUAUGUUUUUUUUUUGAACAUUAAAGUUGUAUUCUUUAGCAUUAAGGACAUGCUGGCCACCUUCAAAAAAUUUACAGCCCUAACCAAAAUUACAAGCUCCCUAUUAAUUCUAUAAUUUGACCUACAUCUUUAUACAUCGUUGUUUACACCAAAAAAGUAAAGAUGCCAAACAAUUCCACUUUACUUUGUGAAUGAAAUUAGAUCUAUCUUCAAAACAUCUCUCAUUCCUUUCCUUCCACAUCGACCACCAUAUGCAUGAUGGUAUUAGCCUCCACCACUUCUUUUGAGUCUUGCUACCCCCCUUUCUGAUCCAAAAUUUAAAAAGAUCAGAGGUGCAAUCUGGCAUAGUCCAGCUACAACAUGUGAUGUUGAGGAACAUCACCCAGAUCCGUGUAGUGAAUUUGCAAUGUAAAAAUAGGUGUCUGUUUGUUUCUCCAGUCAAAUUGCAUAGAAAACACCUAGGGACUAGUUGCUUUCCUUUCUUCUGCAGCACUUCUUGAAUUAAGCAGGCCCUUUUGAUGACUAACCAAGUGAAGCAUUUCACUUUGGUGGGGAUCAGUCCUCUCCAAAUACUCUUCCAAUGAUGAUAGUAGCCUCUAACUCCAACUUGUAUGCCUUUCUUGUAAGCACUGUUUACUGUGAAUUUGCCAUCCUUGUUGUGCUUCCAAAUAACUCUAUCUGGUGCAUUUGUUACUAGAUUGGUGCCCCCCAAUUUUUUCCAGGAAAGAAGCCAGUCUAUCUACUUCCCAAUCAUUCAAUAGCCUUCUGAAAGAUAGGUCCCAACCUUGAGUUGUCCAGCAUUCACAUAAUCUAGCUUCAGGGUUGUUGCAGAUUGAGAAAAGAUCUGGGAAAGACUCACUUAGAGGAACUUGAUCAAUCCAUCCAUCUCUCCAAAACUUAAUCUUGUUGCCAUUUCCAACUUUGAGCAACACAUUUUCUUCCAUAGAGUUCCAUAAAGCUCUGGUUGUCCUCCAUACUCCCCAUCCAUAGGGUUCUGACACUAUCUUUGUAGACCAUGGGUUCAAUUCGCCAUACUUUGUCACUAUCACCUCCUUCCACAGGGUUCCUUCCUCACUAGUAUAUCUCCACAACCACUUCAUCAAAAGGCUCUUGUUUUGGAUUCUCAAAUUUCUAAUACCCAGUCCCCCUCUUUCUUUGCUUAGCAUCACAGUGUUCCAUUUCACUAAAUAGUAACCCUUGCUUUCUCCCUCUUUACCUUUUUGUCAGAGGAAGUUUUUUCUCAGUCUAUCCAACUUUUUGAUAAUUAUUGGAGGAACUGAAAUAACGACAUAACAUAAGUAGGCAGUGAAUCUAAAAUAGAGUUAAUCAAGAUCACUCUACCCCCCAACGAUAGAAAUUGAGCCUUACAUCUUGAUAAUUUUUUUUUCUGCUUUUUCCAGAAUUCCAUUCCAUAUCGCAAAAGCUUUAUGUUUGCUCCCUAGUGGCAUUCCCAAGUAUGUUGUCGGCAACUUCUCUACUUUACACCCUAGAAUGCUUGCAAAUCCUUGAAUCUGAGGCACCUCGUUGACUGCAAUCAAGCUGCUUUUCCCCAAUUGACCCUUAGCCCUGAUACUGCUUCAAAUAAGAUUAGAAUCAAUCUGAUGUAGUUCAGUUGUUUAGCAGUUGUUUGGCUUCUGGCUCACAGAGGAUGAUAGUAUCAUCUGCAUAUAGCAAAUGGCUGAUCUCCUUUCUAUUCCUUGUUCUGUCUCCUAUUUGGAAACCCUUGAUCCACCUGUUCUGUGUAGCUAUUCUCAAUCAUACUGUCAAAACUUUCCAUUGCUAGAAUAAAGAGAAAAGCUGACAGUGGAUCACCUUGUUGCAACCCCCUUUCUCAUGCAAAGAAGCCAACAGGUUCACCAUUCACUAGUAUUGAGAACCUGACUGUUUUAAUGCACACUUCUAUCCAUUUUAGCCACUUACUACCAAAACUCAUUUGUCUCAAAACAUUCAGUAAAAAUGCCCAAUUUACAUGAUCAUAUGCUUUCUGGAUGACCGCAACUCCAUGUUUCAUUCUUGAAUCUAUGCACUUGCUAGCUAUCAAUGCAACAUCCAUGAUCUGUCUCCCUUUUAUGAAAGCCAUCUGAUUAUUAUUGACCAAUUUGCUAACCACCCUCUUGAGUCUUUCUGCCAGUAAUUUAGCCAUGAUUUUGUAAACCCCUCCUAUCAGACUGAUUGGCCUAUAAUCUUUUAGUUCUGAAGCUUCAACCUUUUUAGGAAUUAGAGCAAUGGAUAUUGCAUUGGAACUUUUCUCAAAAUUCUGAUUGGAGUGGAACUGUGAAAGAGUGUUAAUUAUGUCCUCCUUCAAAACGUCCCAAAAAAGUCUCAAAGAAAAUCAUUGGGAAGCCAUCUGGUCCAAGUGCCUUCUCCUUAGCACACAUCCUAAUACUUUCUAGGAUUUCUUCUUCCUCGAAAGGUCUUUGCAACCGUACUUGUUCCUCUCCAUUUAUCAUAUAAACAUCUUGAAUGUUCAGAUCAGGCCUCCAGUGUUCAGCUUCCUUGUAUAAAUAUAUGUAGAAAUUUUGGACAGCCUCCUUGAUCAUAGCUGGAUCUUUCACAAUGUUACCUUCUACAUCAAGUUGUUCCAUAGUAUUGAACCUCUUAUUAGAGGUGGCGAUUCUGUGGAAAAACUUUGUAUUCUUGUCUCCAUGUUUCAACCAUUGUACCUUGAAUCUUUGUUUCCAUGUUAUCUCCUCUUUCUUGACUCUGUGUUCUUGUAUUAUCUCCCGAUUUGAUAUCUACCUUAAAAUGUCUUCUAAUCUAUGCUUCCAGUUACCUUUGUUUUCUUUGCUCCAUUCUUUCAUCUUUACCUUUAACAGUUUCAUUUUCUCAGCUAAUAUAUAUCCUGCUCUCUCCUCAAUGUUGAAAGAAUCCCACCAUUCCUUUACUUUGUCUUUGAAUCCCUCUACCUCCAACUACCAAGAUUCAAAUUUAAAAUAAGAUUUUUUCCAUUCCCAACCACCACAUGUUAGCAUAAUAGGAUUAUGAUUAGAUGUUAACUUUGGUAGGACGUUUUGUUUGAUGUGAAUGAAGCUUUCCCCCUAUUGUGCACAAUGAAGAAAUAUAUCAAUUCUUCAAGCACUCAUUUGAUUGCCCCCUCUUCUCCAAGUAUAAGAUCCUCCAAAUAAAGGAGGAUCAAUCAACUCCCAACUCCUGAAUACAAGAGGAAAAUUCUGUCAUAGCACCAGUAAGUCUGCGGCAGUUUGUUCUCUCUGAUGGGUGUGUAGUAACAUUAAAAUCUCUGCAAACUAUCCAUGGUCCUACAAUCCUUACUAUGAUGGCUUCCAAUUCCUCCACAAUACCUUUCUGAUCUCUCUACUACAAUCAACAUAUGCUGCAGUUAUGUGCCAACUGAAUUCUUCACGUACCCCUGUGAAUUUCCUAGUUAAGCUUUGCCUGCCAAUCUCCACCAGUUCCCUCUUUCAUACCCUUUUAUCCCACAAAAUUGCAAUCCCCCCACUGCUCCUCAUUGCCUCCUUAUGAACUUCUCCCAUCCAUCUAUUUUCCCAUAUCUUCGGUAUUAGUCCAUCAAUAUUACCCUCCAGCUUUGUCUCAACUAAUACAUAAAUAUCUGCCUCCCACUAAUGUAUUAGUUUCCUAACAGUGUCCUUUUUAUCCCUCCCAUUCAGCCCCCUCACAUUCCAUGAGAUUAUUUUCACUCUCACUGAUUGGUUAGAGCUAAAAGCCUUCCACUAGAUCUUGGUUCCCCGUCUUUGAAAUUCAUAUCAAAGAACAAAUUUCUCACCUCUUUUGGGACAUCAUUGUUAGAUUUUAUUGUCUUCAUCUUCUCCCCUUUUCCAGUCUCCUUUUCCCUCCUUUGGUCUUGCUUAGCUAACAUAGUAUACGCUUCCUUUUUGCAUCCUUUAAAAUUGACACCAAAUUAUUGACCUAAUUUUAUCAUGUUGUCUUGGAUUCAUUCCGUGGCAUGUGCAGCCAAGUCUUCCUCAUGUGUGCUAUUGUCAACCUAUAAAGGUUCUGGCUCUGUAUACAUAACCAAGAGUGAAUUUGAAAAAUCUAUCUCUCCUUCUCCAUUAAUUUGAGUUGGAUUGUUCUCCCUUAUUGAUCCCUCUUCCUCCUGAAUUUUCGCAUGUGGUUGUAGUUGAUUGUCCUGCUCUUUCUCCCUUUUUUCCAUUGUUGUUACUCCUGUCGCAUCCAUUCUCCCUCAUCUUCGAAUUUUACGAAGUUAGAACAACGACAUAUUUCUGAAUUUGACAUACUAAUGAGCUCGACCAAAGGCUCUGUGAAGAGCUUUUGUUCUUGUUCUGGGCCCAAUUCUUUUGGAUCUAUUUUAUCCUUCAGUUCAUUUGAUUUAAAGGGAAUGGGCUUUUCACCAUCUGGCCCACCACUUAAAUGAAAGGGUCUUUUCUCUUUCUUCCCUAACUCCUUUUUCCAGCUGUCCACCACUACUACUACUGGGACCCCCAACCCAAUUCAAUCUCUCUUGAAAAGGUCCCAACCGUGGACACAUGCCUUGUGCCAGUAAAGGACACUCCUUUUUUGUAUACAUUGAUAUCUGUAAUGUAUCUCUCUGCAUCCUCUCUUCCUUUUUGGUGAAUUACCUCUGCAUCUCUAGAUAUACUAGGAUUUGACCUCUCUACUUGGCUACUAAUUUCAACAGUCAUUUUCUCCCGUAUUUUUUUCCAGUAGGUUGCUGGUUCUUCACACCAUACCGGCAUUGAGAAAACUAGGUUUUCGUCCUCGACUUCAAUGGAUGUUGGGAUUUUUUCUCUAGGCCCUUUAACUCGGAUUCUGGCCCACCGUAAGUGGUUUUUGAGCUCCGUUUCUUCUUCAUUCUUCGCCUCCACAUUUGUCUCCUAUCUUUCUCAUUGUUUCAGAGUUCCAAUGAUGCAGAGGAAGUCCCAAGACCCUGAUCCAAUACCAAUCGAAUUUUGUUGUAUCAGGAAAAACUCCCUUUGUUGGAUGCCACCAGUCCAGUUUGAGAAUUCGGUUGUCUCUUCCAUUCUCCCAUCAUAAUAUGUUAUGUUGCACUUCUUGACUGAACCUCAAAAAGGAAAUUGAACCCAUUCAUGUCAUACACCUGGAUGUUUGGUACUCCUUUCCAGGUUUGAACUGCCGAUUUUCUAACAUCGUUGCGUGUUGGGGCCUCUUCUCCUCCAAUGAAUCUCCCAACCAAACAUCUUCGCAGCAGAGCAUUAUCCUCCUGACCGACAAAUUUUUCCACGUUCAUGGGUUCGUUUCUAACUUCAAUCCUUCGCUGCUCCCAUUUAAGCUUUGUAAUUAGCCACCCCCCACCCCCACCACACACACACACACAACAAUAGCGUUCCACCUUGUAUCCCCUUCUGUAAUAGAAGUGCCAUGUGUAUUUGACACUUUAUUAAUAAAAUCUUCAAUUUUGUGGAUCAGUCUCCCCCACCCCUCAUUAAAUUGAUUCUCUGGAAGAAUGAUGACUGUUCUGUUCUGGCCCUUAACAGCUAUUAUUGAGAUGUAGCGACCAUAUUUGUUGAACUUUUGAGUGCAGUAAAUGUAGGUUGGCAUAUCUCUGCAUCUCCGUGGUUUAAAGAUUUUCCCCUCAUUGCCCGAGGCUUCUUGCAUCCUUUUGCACAGCCAUAAAAGAACUCCCCUGCUAAUUGACAUCCUCCUCAAUGGGGGUCUCGAUCUCUCUACCCAAUCAAAACAGGUAUUUGUGUCUGAGAAGGAAGCUGUGAUAUCAAAAAACUUUACCCCUGUUCUGAAAAAAAGUCAGCAAUCCAUUUCUGGAAGAAAAGGAAGAGAUUAGUAGAAGUGUUUAGAAGGAAAAGUGGAGUCUCCCCGAUGGUAGAAGACCACCGGAAAGGAAUUCAAAAGCCCAGAAGGGACUUCUGAAAGUUUGCCUAGGGAGAUGUGCCUGAGAGCUGCUUUCUCAACUAGGGUCUUUUGAAGCACUUGGGAUCCUAUCAUGUGUUGCUACUUUCAUCAAGCUGUCAGCCUUCCAUAUCCAGUAUAAACAGGAAAGGAGACAGUGGAUCUCCUUGCCUCAAUCCCUUUUCUUAUGUCAAACCCCCCACUGGUUCUCGAUUUACAAGAACAGAGAACCUGACAGUUUUAUAUAGAAUACAAUCAAUUUCAACCAGUGGGAAUUUGAGCAUAAUUUAUUAUGGAAUUUUUUACCAUCCUCA